UAAAACCCUCAUACGCCAUUAUUAUUAUAUUUUAUUUCUGCGUUAUCACCAGCAGCAGCGAUGGGCCUCUUCUCUUGGUGGCGAGGCAAGCAACCCCAACCCGACAACAAACCCGCUCCGAAUCCGAAACCCACGGAGGUUCCCGGCAUGAACGGUGCCCUUGAGGUCCCUCGACCACCCGCGGCCGCUAACAUCACCGUCUUCGAGUUUGGCUCCGUCGCUGCUUCGUCCGAUAAGGUCACACUUGCCGGAUACUGUCCCGUCUCCGACGAUCUCGAGCCUUGCCGUUGGGAGAUCUUGCCGGCUACUGGGUCUGACGCGCCACAGUUUCGCGUCGUCUUUUGAGCAACAUCAGCAGUGGUACUUACUGUUUAAGCCCCAAAAAAAAAAAAAAAAAGUAUCAAAGACUCUGGCUUUAUAUGAGCUUUUGCUUUUUAAGUAGGAAAAUUUCAAAAGGGUUUUGUUUGAAUUCCCCCCAAAAAAAAAAAAAGAAAAGAAAAAAUUUGAGUUUGAGAUAUAAAUUUGUUGAAACAAAAAAUUGGAUUUUUACUUGCUAUUUUCCAAGAGUAGAAUUGUGUUUU